AUGAAGUGGCCGGGUACGGGAGCGGAAGAAGAGGCGGGCGAAGCAAGCUUGCAAAGCGCUCGCGCCCCACAGACUCGUACCCAGGACGAUGCCACUGGUCAUUAUGUGUUUCAACGAGAGUCUCAAGAAGCUGAGUUACCUUCUUUAACUCCUAAACAACGCUGGGCAGUCGGCGAAGAUCCACUGACAGAAAAUCAAGAUAAAUGGAAGAAUCCUACAACAAUUACUAUGAAUAAUAUGCAGCAUCAAGGUCCUGCUGUGCAACUAAAGAAUUCACAAACAAAUCAACAGCAAUUUAUUAAUCAAGCUAUAGCUUCUUCUGUUGGAACCUUAGCUAUAAACCCAUCUGUUAUUGGAAGUCAUCCGGCUCAUCUUGCUACAAACAUGGUUCAUACUCAAUUGGCACCUCUGCAAAAUCAUACCUUAGGAAACAACAUGGCUAUACAAAAUAGUGCUAUGAUGCUUCAACCUCUUCAAGGCAUGCAAAAUGCCCAAUUGGGCCAACAAGGAUUAUAUGACAUUCACCAACACCCUGGAACUCCUAUGCAAGCUAUGAAUGGCAUUGGAAAAAGUGCAGAACAUCUUAUGUAUUUAAGUCAGGCUGGAAUGCUUGCACCGGGGACUAACCAGUUCCUGCAGCAAGGUCAAAAUCAGCUCGGUCUUACUCCUGUUCCAGCUAUAAGAAAUCAGAUUGCACCAGCUGCAAAAAAACUGUGGGAUAAAGGCCCAGGUGCUGGCGGCGACAGCAAAGGGCCACCGCACCUGCCUCCACUGCAACUUAAUCCAGAGCAAAUGUGGCGAGACCCCACAUGGUCUGCCCAAGCGGUGGAGCAUAAUGUCGGAGUGCCGAUGAUGAGCACGCGACGUGGAGUUGCUUUUCCUGGCGGGGACGCGGGCAGCAUUUUGUCACCUCGCGAUACCGCUGGACUAGGAGUGAAGAUGGUUGAAUAUGUACUAGGGGGAUCACCUACAGAAGCUGGCGGAGUUGCAGCUGGCGGUGGCGGCGAGAAAGUUGCCGGAGUGGUGGCUGGCUUGCGUGGGAUGGUUCUCGAGGAGCGCCCCGAGGACAAAUCUGCUUCACCAUUCGAAAAAGAUCUCCAUGAACUGCAUGAGCAUGGACCUUUACCUAAUGGGCUUCAUAACGGUCAGGAAGACGAUAAAGCUUUCAAUCGCACGCCCGGGUCGCGGCAGCCGUCACCGGCGGAGGAGGAAGCGGGCGGCGCGGCGGGCGUGCGCAACGGUGACGGCGCCGCCUUCCAGCUGCUGCCGCCGCACCACUUGCCACAGCAGCCGCCGCUGCACCAUCUGCCGCACCUGUCGCACCCGCAGCCACAUCCUGGAAUGUUAGGCGUCGGACCACUGCAAGGCUUGCCACAUCCCCAGCAUCCACAAAUACAUCCAGGCAUGACACUGAACGACUCUAUGAAUCAGCACAUUGAACUCGUUUUACAAAUGGAGCAACACCCACAAUUUGACAACAACAGCUUUGCAAGUACUCAACAAGUAAGUACUGUGUAUUUUGAAACAUCUGCUCCUCCAACUUUCAACAUUCGUAAGCAUAAUUUCAGAUCUAUGUAUUUGUUUGUAAAGAUUCACUAA